GUUGAAAGUGUUUUGGACUCUAAUUCCUCUCUAACAUAUCGUUUAAUCUCCUCUCUUUUUUUUUUUUAAUUCAAGAUUUGUCUGGCGCGAGAUCCACGUGGCGGUGGAGGGUCAAGGUACGGAGUAUCUGAGGAAAAGUGCAGAGCGGUGGCCACCCAUCCGCUCUUGUCAUCUCCCAGCAGGGAUUUGCCAAGAAACUCAAUCUGUGUAAUUUAUAAACAGCUAAAAGUUGGGAAACCUUUUCAUUGGACUGCCGAAUCUUUUGGCUAACUCUGUGCAUUGAUCGAAACCCCAAACCCGUUCUUCUAUUUUUGAAAUAUUUCUGUGCGGUGCCACGACUGAGGAAACGCUUUUCCCCCAACAAUUUUUGUCGUGCAAGGAAAAACAAGAUAAGGAGGCUGUUUGUUUCUCCGUUGGCGUGUCCUUGGGGAUCUUAAUUUUUUCCAGGGAAAGUGGAGGUUUUUCUCCAGAAUUUGAGCCGUGAAAGUGAAAAGCCGGAAAACGAAUACUUGGUUUAAACGGGGAAGAUCGUCGAAUCGAAGUUUUUUUUUUUCUCUUUCUUUCCGGAAUUGGAAGCGUGCAAAGUGAUAAGGAGAGAGUGAAUUGCAGAGAAAAGAAGUACAGAGAAGACAAAGAUGGAUUUCUGGCCGGAAUUUAUGGCGAGCAGCUGGGGGAAAGAGUUCGUCGGCGGAGGAUUCGGUGGCAUCGCCGGGAUCGUAUCAGGAUAUCCAUUGGACACGCUGAGGAUAAGACAACAACAGAGUGCGAACUCAGGCUCCGCCCUCUCCAUUCUCCGCCGUAUGGUCGCCGUCGAGGGACCCACCUCCCUCUACCGAGGCAUGGCUGCUCCUUUGGCCUCCGUCACCUUUCAGAACGCUAUGGUUUUCCAGAUAUACGCGAUCCUUUCCCGGUCGUUCGAUACAUCAAUUCCUUUGGAAGACCCUCCGUCCUACAGAGGCGUGGCUCUUGGAGGGAUUGGAACAGGAGCCCUCCAGAGCCUGAUGCUCAGCCCCGUGGAGCUCAUCAAGAUCCGUCUGCAGUUACAGAGCAAGAUCCAUCAUUCUGGCCACAGGGGUCCGAUCAGCGUGGCCAAGACCAUCCUCAGAACGGAAGGGCUGAAAGGCAUUUACCGGGGACUCACAAUAACUGUCCUGAGAGAUGCCCCAGCUCAUGGGCUUUACUUCUGGACGUACGAGUACAUGAGGGAAAAGCUUCAUCCUGGCUGCAGAAAGAGCGGAGAAGAAAGCCUCAGGACUAUGCUGGUGGCUGGUGGCCUGGCUGGAGUUGCUAGUUGGGUCUGUUGCUAUCCUCUCGACGUGAUCAAGACGAGACUGCAGGGUCAAUCGGGCAAUGCGGAGAACAGAACCUAUAAGGGCAUUGCGGAUUGCUUUCGCAAGAGCGUGAGAGAGGAAGGGUAUGAAGUUCUUUGGCGUGGGCUGGGGACUGCGGUUGCUAGGGCAUUUGUGGUGAAUGGGGCUAUUUUUGCUGCAUAUGAGAUAGCGCUCAGGUGUUUGUUCAACGGGACUGAUAAUCACUCCCGAGAUGCAGUUGUAGGAGAGAGGGUAGAUGAUAGUAUUGUUUCCCAGGCCAAAGAGGAGUAAAUUUGUUCUAAAUUAGGAAUCCGUAUGGGUUGUUAGGAUUUUGUGAUAACAAUCACAAAUCGCUCUGGUGCUCCCAUGAUGCCUGAAAAUCUUUAAUAAGAUCAUUGUUUUGCUUGA